CAUGCCGAAUUGAACGCCAUCAUGAACAAAAACUCAGCUGACGUGAAAGGCUGCAGCAUGUAUGUUGCCCUAUUUCCGUGUAAUGAAUGUGCAAAGCUCAUCAUCCAGGCAGGCAUAAAGGAAGUAAUUUUUAUGUCUGACAAGUAUCAUGACACUACGGAAAUGACAGCUGCACGGCGGAUGUUUGAUUUAGCAGGUAUCAUAUACAGGGAAUUCAAGCCAAAGUGUAACAAGAUCGUCAUUGACUUUGAUUCAAUUAACAGCAGACCAAGUCAAAAGCUUCUGUGAAUUAAGUCUCAUUAAGUCUCUAGAAGACCGUGAUUAUCCUUUUCUAAAAAGCUGCUAAUGCCUUUCAUCUUGAAGUUACUCGCAACUUUUUAAUGGCUUCUGUAGCUAAAGCAGACUUCUAAGAAAUCCAAGGUAUAAAAUGUCCCCCUCGCUUCGUCUUGCGUGUGGAAUCCAAAUCUACUUAAAAUUUUGUAAUGCCUUCAUCAAAACCUAGAGAUAUGUAGAUGAGCCGAUCUAAUGUAUG